ACAAAUUUGUGAAUUUGCCUUCUCUAACCUUUAUUUUUCCUACAUACGGUGAUUUAUUUUAAUUCGUGUUGUGUGUGCAAUUAAAAUACAAUUUAUUCUAGAAGAAUCUUAAGAAAAAAAUAAAAAAUAAUUCCAUAAAUCCAAAAACACCAUGGACACGGCUACAACUGCAACAACUUCAGCUUCACCAGCAACUGAGGAAGUCGAAAGUCAAGAAUUAUUCCGCGAAAUCAAUCCAGAUGAUCCCAAUCCCGAAACAACGGAAAUCGAAUCAGCUUGCAUGCAAUGCUUCGAGACUGGCACCACCAAGCUGCUCCUGACCAAAAUUCCAUUCUACAAAGAAGUCGUCAUUAUGUCGUUCAAAUGUCCCCACUGCUUCUUUGAGAACAACGAAGUCCAAUCGGCCAUGGAAAUCCAGAAACAAGGUGUUCAUAUCACUCUCACGGUACGUGGAGUCGAAGAUCUGAACCGAAAAAUAGUUCGUUCAGAUUACACGUCAACACAUAUUCCCGGAAUCGAUCUGGAAAUUCCCGCAAAGACACAAAAAGGCGAGAUAACCACCGUGGAGGGAAUCUUCGAUCGCACAAUACGAGGGUUGAGUCAGGACCAAGCGAAGCGUCACAUAGAGAAUCCCGACAUUGCCAAGUCGAUAGACGAGUAUAUCGAGCGUUUGAAGGUGUUCAAGGAUACAUUCCCGUACAAAAUCAUUCUCGAGGACAUAUCCGGCAAUGCAUUCGUGGAGAAUCCCAUCGCUCCAGCCGAUGAUCCCUACUGCAAGUCAAAGCACUUCGACAGAACUAACGAACAAAACGAACUUUUGGGAAUGUACGAAGCACCCAAGGAGGACCAACAUCUGCUUCAACCAAUUGCUGAGGGCUCAUGGCCCAUCGAAGAACUGCACGGAGAAGUCUUCCAAUUCAACACGAUAUGCAACUCUUGCAAGGCUCCCUGCGAGACGAACAUGAAACUCACCAAUAUACCGCAUUUCAAGGAAGUCGUCAUAAUGGCCACGGUUUGCGACAACUGCGGCUGCAAGACGAACGAGGUCAAGUCCGGUGGUGGUAUUGAAGAACAAGGAAUCCGGAUAGAGCUGAAGAUCGACAACAACGAAGAUCUCUCUCGCGAUGUCCUCAAGUCCGAAACAUGUCAACUUGAAAUUCCCGAAAUCGAAUGCCAAGUUGGAGCAUCCGCCCUCGGCGGACGAUUCACAACCGUCGAGGGUAUUUUCGCCGCCAUGAAAACCCAAUUAGAGGGCAAUGGCAUUCUUUUCCACGAUUCGGCCGAUCCGGAAACAAAGAACCGCCUCGACGUAUUCAUUGAGAAGUUCGAUGAUAUUGUUUCGCUGAGAUUGCCUGCGACAUUGAUCCUAGACGAUCCGGCUGGCAAUAGCUAUGUCCAGAGUUUGGUAGAUGAGGGAACUGAUCCUAAGAUGACAGUGACUCGUUAUGAUAGAACCUUUGAUCAGAACGAAGAUUUGGGAUUGAACGAUAUUAAAACGGAGAAUUAUUGAAGAGCAUGGAAAAUGAAAGGCAGAUUUAACAUAAAUCACGAUGUAACUGGAAGCAUUUGGAGAAAUUUUAGACAUUUUUGUUUUCUCUCAACAACAAUUCCUAAAGGCACAGAUUUCAAUAUUUAUAUAAAAUUUUUGUAUUUUUAUUUAACAAGAAAGAAGUAAUAAAGAUUUUUAUUUUUUGAGGAA